AUCCAACCAACCUGAGGAUGUCAGAGGGAGCAGUGAGGGCUCGGGGCGCCACAGAGCCGAGGGGCUUCGUGGGAAAGGGCAGAGAGAUCCUAUGCUAACUCUGGAAGCCCGGCCUAGAGUCGCUGGGCGAGGGGGGAAUGACCUCAGCCGCCUCUUCCACGUUCCAGCCAAUCAGUCCCGCAUCUUGGCAUCCGAAUCCAGGACCCCCGAAGCCGGAGGCGACGCGAGCCAAUGAGGAGUGGGCCUGGGAAGAAGGACAGGCGAUCAGCCUAUGGGGGCGGAGAGGCCCGGCUGCGCGUAUCCAAGGAGCGACCGACUCGGGCUCGGGGGUGUGGCGCGGCGCCGGCGGGGGUGGGCGGGCGCGCCAGGCGGCAGGUGUCGGCGGCAUCGGCAUUCGGCGGCGAUGGAGCGGCCCCGGGGAGGUGCGGACUGCCUCUCGUGCUGGCCCCACGGCCUCGGCCUCGGCCUUCUACUCCUCCAGCUGCUGUGGCCGGCGACCCUGGGCCAGGACCGGCUGGACUCGCCGCCGCCGCCCGCGGCGCCGCUGUCGCGCUGGUCCGGCCCCGUCGGGGUGAGGUGGGGGCUGCGCGCGGCCGCGCCCGGGGGCCCAUUUCUCCCCGGCGGCCGUUGGCGCCGCAGCGCGCCCGCCGAGGACGAGGACUGCGGCCGGGUCCGGGACUUCGUCUCCAGGCUGGCCAACAACACCCACCAGCAUGUGUUUGAUGAUCUCAGUGGCUCAGUAUCCCUGUCGUGGGUUGGAGAUAGCACUGGGAUCAUUCUAGUCUUGACUACCUUCCAUGUACCUCUGGUAAUUAUGACUUUUGGACAGUCCAAGCUGUAUCGAAGUGAGGACUAUGGAAAGAACUUUAAGGAUAUUACAAGUCUGAUCAAUAACACCUUCAUUCGGACUGAAUUUGGCAUGGCUAUUGGUCCUGAGAAUUCUGGAAAGGUGAUUUUAACAGCAGAGGUGUCUGGAGGAAGUCAUGGAGGAAGAAUCUUCAGAUCAUCAGAUUUUGCAAAGAACUUUGUUCAGACCAAUCUCCCGUUUCAUCCUCUGACUCAGAUGAUGUAUAGCCCUCAGAAUUCCGAUUAUCUUCUAGCACUCAGCACUGAAAAUGGCCUGUGGGUGUCCAAGAAUUUUGGGGGAAAAUGGGAAGAAAUCCACAAAGCAGUAUGUUUGGCCAAAUGGGGAUCAGAAAACACCAUCUUCUUUACCACCUAUGUGAAUGGCUCCUGCAAAGCUGACCUUGGGGCACUGGAAUUAUGGAGAACUUCAGACUUGGGGAAAAGCUUCAAAACAAUUGGUGUGAAAAUCUACUCCUUUGGUCUUGGGGGACGUUUCCUUUUUGCCUCUGUGAUGGCCAAUAAGGAUACAACAAGAAGGAUUCAUGUGUCAACAGAUCAAGGGGACACAUGGAGCAUGGCCCAACUCCCCUCUGUGGGGCAGGAACAAUUCUAUUCUAUUCUAGCAGCUAAUGAAGACAUGGUGUUCAUGCAUGUAGAUGAACCUGGAGAUACUGGCUUUGGCACAAUCUUUACCUCAGAUGAUCGAGGCAUUGUGUAUUCCAAGUCAUUGGACCGACAUCUCUACACCACCACAGGUGGCGAGACAGACUUUACCAAUGUAACCUCCCUCCGUGGGGUCUACAUGACAAGUGUGCUCUCAGAAGAUAAUUCUAUCCAGACUAUGAUCACUUUUGACCAAGGAGGAAGAUGGAAGCACCUUAGGAAGCCUGAAAAAAGUGAAUGCGAUGCUACAGCAAAAAAUAAGAAUGAGUGCAGCCUUCAUAUUCAUGCUUCCUACAGCAUCUCCCAGAAGCUCAAUGUUCCAGCGGCCCCACUCUCUGAGCCUAAUGCCGUUGGCAUAGUCAUUGCCCAUGGUAGCGUGGGGGAUGCCAUCUCAGUGAUGAUCCCGGAUGUGUACAUCUCAGAUGACGGGGGUUACUCCUGGGCGAAGAUGCUAGAAGGACCUCACUAUUACACCAUCCUGGAUUCCGGAGGCAUCAUUGUGGCCAUUGAGCACAGCAGCCAUCCUAUCAAUGUGAUUAAGUUCUCCACAGACGAAGGUCAGUGCUGGCAAACCUAUAUGUUCAGCAGGGAGCCCAUCUACUUCACCGGCCUAGCUUCAGAACCUGGAGCUAGGUCCAUGAAUAUCAGUAUUUGGGGCUUCACAGAAUCUUUCCUGACUCGCCAGUGGGUCUCCUACACCAUUGAUUUUAAAGAUAUCCUUGAAAGGAAUUGUGAAGAGAAAGACUAUACCAUAUGGCUGGCUCACUCCACAGAUCCUGGAGAUUAUGGAGAUGGCUGCAUUUUAGGCUAUAAAGAACAGUACCUACGGCUACGCAAGUCAUCCGUCUGUCAGAAUGGUCGGGACUAUGUUGUGACCAAGCAGCCAUCCGUCUGUCUCUGCUCCCUGGAGGACUUCCUCUGUGAUUUUGGCUACUUCCGUCCAGAAAAUGACUCCAAUUGUGUGGAGCAACCAGAGCUGAAGGGUCAUGACCUAGAGUUUUGUCUGCAUGGAAGAGAAGAGCACCUUACGACGAGUGGGUACCGGAAAAUUCCAGGAGACAGAUGCCAAGGCGGCGUGAAUCCAGUUCGAGAAGUUAAAGACUUGAAAAAGAAAUGCACAAGCAACUUUUUGAGUCCAGAAAAGCAGGACUUCCGCCCACAGGGACACAACUUGUCCCAGAAUCCAGCUCCGCCUCCUCUUGGAUACAUUGAAAACACACACUCCCUAUCUCCCACCCAGAAGCAGAAUUCCAAGUCAAAUUCUGUUCCAAUUAUCCUGGCCACUGUGGGAUUGAUGCUGGUUACAGUCGUAGCAGGAGUGCUUAUUGUGAAGAAAUACGUCUGUGGGGGAAGGUUCCUGGUGCACCGAUAUUCCGUGCUACAGCAGCACGCAGAGGCCAAUGGUGUGGACGGUGGGGAUGGUCUGCACACAGCCUCUCACACUAAUAAAAGUGGUUAUCAUGACGACUCAGAUGAGGACCUCUUGGAAUAGCUCCUCCAGGGAGCUGGGACUGAGCAUGGAUGAUGGAACUGCCAUACCUCUUACACUCCCUGUGGCUCCAACUUGGGGAAAUAAAUUUCCCACUGCAAGGGACCCAGCUCUGUUUCAGCUGCUUCCAUCAAAGCCAAAAGGACCUACACAAAAGAAAUGUGAGGGUGGGGUGGGGAACUCUAGACACUCUUAACAAUUUGCUCUGAAAAGAGGGGAUAUUUAAAUUCUUUAACUUUUAAUUUCAAGUUCUGUCUUUUUGCAAAGUAUGGGCUCUUUUUGUUUGGGUUUUGUUUUUUUAAGGGAACUGAAAUGGGAUUUGAAAAGAACUCUGUAACCGCACUGCUGCAUGUUUUGCAUGGCGCCUGCCUCAGGGCAUCUGCCACCCCAGCAUCAGCUCCUACACGUGCUUGCUGCUGCCCCCGGGCUCUGCUGGCAGCAGGCAAGGCUGCAGGGGUGAACGGAGAGGCUGCAGUGGCUGGCACGACCGGGCAGCCUCUCUCUCUCUGGAGGCAGCUCUGCUCCCAGAGCAGUGCAUGUGAGCUCCUCACAUAGAUCUCUGCUUUUAUUUUGUUCUGUUUCAGGGGCCCAUAGACCACAGUGAUUUUUCUUUUCCCCUGUUUAAUUAGACAAUACCCUUGUUGAUUGCCCUUUGGCAACUGACUUAACCGUGGGCUUCCAAGACACUAAACCAGGAAAACUUAAUGGGCAACAUUUUUAACUUGAGGCAGGAAGAAGGGAGCAUUAGAGAAUUUAAAAGAUUUAGCACCUAUUAAGGAGAAAUUCAUGCUUCUGAGGUCUUUCAAGCCAUGCUUUGUGUGUGUGCCAGUGGCCUUGCUCAAGGACAGGGUUCAGGCUUGCCCCGGGUAUCUGCCCGGGCCUAGUGGCCUCCUCACUAGAGCUGAGGGUGCAGCCCCUGAGACAGAGCAUCACCGUCACCCAUGUCCCUGUCUGCCUGUUAUAUGAAGCGCUGGUGAAUCACUAGAAUGGCUGCUUACCUGCUGCUGCUUAGGUUGCUGUUGUACAUGGAGCCGGGAUUAGACAUGUUUCAGAUUUAUAGGCUGUUUUUUAAAAAUCAGAAUUUUAUUACCAGGUUCUCAGCCUCACCCCUUUCCCCAGCUUUGCCAAGGAAUUUGUUGGCAUGAAACUUUUGGCUGUGAAAAAGUGAAAAUGUACUUCCAAUAUAGAUCAUGUUUUGUGUGAUAUAUUAAGUUCAUAUUUUAAGUUUAAGAAGUUUUCCAUUUGACAUUUUUUUCAAAUUAAAUAAAUUAUAGAAUGUAGUAAGAUGGAUUUUGGGGUGACCAUAUAGUAAUGGAAAGCUGCGAUAAUUAGUUUUACUACAGCUUGAAUAUUUGCUAACAUUAAUACAGUAUGUUUUCAGUCAGCAUACCUAACUGUGCUGGUCACAGUGUCUACCAUUAAGUAUGAUUGGGACACUCUCUGAUAACUUCCAUUUAGCCAGCUGCUAGUCCAUUUUGUGGCUAGAAAAUCAGUAAAAAGUUAUCAUGCCAAAUUAACUUUUGUCAGAAUGAGCAGCAAGCAGAUGGCUAAAUUCUUUCCUCACCAGAAUGGAUCAACAACAGCAGGGAAAGUGGGGGAGGGAGUAAAUGGAGAAUUUUAGGAACUUUGAAACUACAGUAAAAUUAAAUGAGUCAGGGAGCUUCAGUUAGAAAAUGAAGUUCAAGCAGUUUUUGUUAAGAGAAUAUUUGUUAGAGAGCACUGGUCUUUUAGGUAAAGCUCAUUUUGUGUGAUUUUUUAAAUAAUUCCAAAGAUAAACCAGCUCACACAGAGUAUCAGGUCUUGUCCUGGACACCCUUACCUCCUGCCCAAAGUGAAUUUGGUACCCAGAAAAGACCUAGUUACACCAUACACCUUUUUUACCAGCAAAUACCCACUGGGGUACAUGGGCUGAUACAUGGUAAUUCUCUGGUUAGUUUUAAGAUGUAGGAAAGUUAAUAUUCUUCUCUAACCAUAUAAGAUACAGGGCUCUUCGCUUAUAAUGGUAUCUGGGAUUUCUGUAGAACUUGACAAUUUUCAGAGCACUUUCACUUACAUUAUGUCAUUUGAGCUUCACAACAUUCUUGUGAAAGUCUAAAAAAGGGGUUGUAAAUCCCCAUUUUUUUAGGAGAUGGAGCAGAGGUACAGAAAUUGAGUAAAUUGUCCAGGGUGUCUCUGUAUGUUACAAGAAUGCCAGUUGAUUGUCUUCAGAACUUAAAUAUUUUUAUGCAUGCAAGUGCUGAAUAUUUGGAACAGGGCUUCCUUCUUGCAGGUGACUUGCUGUUCUUUAGGAUAGGAAUCAGUGGCAUUUCUGUCAUGGCAGUAUUUUUAGCGUCUUUUGCCACCUUGGUAAACAGGAAAUUUUAUUCUUCUGUUUCUCAUGGCUGAAAACAAGAGUAAUGGUAGUUUUGAAUAUGUGUUUUAGGAACUGCCCCUCACCUCUUUGAGGGUCACUGUGCAAGAGCGCAGGAAUGGAAUCUCCAUCAGUGAAUCUCCCUUCUGUGUCCUUGUUUUCCCAUCCCUGGCUGGCAAGCUAGCUAGCUCAGCUGUUUUGAGGACUGCUAAGAAACCUGGUUCAUUCCCUUUAUUGGCUAGUUAAUUUCUACAUCAGCCUGCUUAUUCACAACUGUAUGCCCUCAGAGUAAAACAGCUUAAAUCCAUGAUAGUUUCUAAGAAAAAGAUCUCUAAUUUGUUCCACUGAGGUUAGAGGCAUUAUCUUUGAAAGUAAAGCAUAGUAUGUCACUGUGUAAAGUCUCAGGCUUGAUGCAAGCAGAAGAGAUUAUUUCUGGAGUUUCAGCAGUAGGACUUAGCAUGGUAUUAUAGGUUGGACAUAUCAGACUGUCCAAGUGGUCUGACUCUUAAAUCCAGGUGGAGAACUCCCCAUCCUUCCUGCUCUGUAGAUAGGAGUCUUGGAUCUAAAGGGUCUUUUUAGUGAGACCAGAGACCAGGGAUGCAUACACAUUGGCUGUUAAUUGAGUGGGAACACCACUUAGAAGAAUAAGUAUUUGGAGGGCUGUGGCAGUUCUAGGCUGGACUCAGGAGAUUCAAUAGAUUUGCUAUAACUGAAACUUAGAAUUUGCCCUCUGCUUUGAAUAGGCUUUCAAUAUGUGUCUCUCUCACUCUUAGGUUUGCCUCUGGGCCUCUCCAUGCCCAAGCUGGCAUUUCAUCCCUCACAGAUUAAUAAUGUGCUGACCACCUCCGGCCAAUGCAUUUGGUUCUUUAAACCACAGCUGGUUCUUUUCAUGACCUUCAUCACGAUAACAGGAUACAAAGGAGUGUGGGGCUGUCCACACCCACCCCAGGUGGCAGGUGGCCUGGCUUCAGUCAUUUAUUUUCCAGACAAUUCACACAGGUAGACAGAUUCUCUGUCCUUUUAGGAGAGCUCUAAAGACCCUUGCCCUGAUAUGCAGUGGCUACAGUGUCAUCCUGCUCAUUGCUGACACAGCCCUUAACCACAUGUGAAACCUGCAUACUUGCAACUGCUAAACAGGAGAGAUCCACUUUCUAAUGUUGCUACUACCUUCUCUUAAGCAGAAAAACAACAUGGACUUAAAUGUCCUUUGAACAAAACCAAAGUUUAAGAUUGGCUGCCUGAUGGAGUGAAGGGCACUCAGCAGGUGCUAGAAUUUCUAUUGCAUCAGCCGCUGACUGUCCAGCUCAGCAGCUCUGGGAGCCCGGUCCUGCCCCAGCAGAGCCUGGUCUGGCCUCAUGGAGAAGAACUGAAAGAGCAGGAGCAUGUUCAUUUCUUGGCUGUCGCACUAGAACAGUAAGAAUCAGAACAUUAAUUUGAAAUUGUCUUCAGUAACUUGCCAAAUGAAUUUUUUCACACCAGUACAUUCUUAAGCACCCUUGUUUAUAUGGAAUAACAUGAACUAAUCUGUACCUUUAUUAUAUAUAUGUGUGUGUACAUAUAUACAUGUAUAAACUGUAUAGUGUACAUGUUAAUGAUUUGCUGAUAUGUCCCAAAUCUUUAAUGCAGUUCUCAUCCUCCGCAUGACCUCAGUUUGACUUGAAUGAUCCCUGAUGAUUCUGCCCACCUCCUGUGUUUAGACAUCUAGGGAGGGAGGGUUUUGGUCAUGCCCUCAUCAUACUUGUGCACAGAAAUGCUCAGGGUCCCUAUGUGCCUGUUGUUCUACCCUCUCUUGUCUCUUGUUACCUUUCCUAGCAUGUGGUCCCUCCCUGUUCUAUAACUUCUCUGUCCCCUCCCCAAGCUGUGAUACGGCUGCAUUCUUACUGAAGUGUAAAGCAGUAUUAAGAUCACUACUGCAUGUGCGCUAAAAACCCAAGUUUUGCUAUUCCAUUUAAACAAAAAAUUGCAUGUGAGGUGGGAUAAUCAAUCAAGUUUCAGUGACCCAUAUCAGGAACACAACAAAGCCAGACCCCAUAAUAAAAUUCCACAAAAUGGAAAUGAAACUCAAAUUUCUUUAGCAUUGUGUAAAUAAAUCUGGAUGUGUUUAACUUUGUACUGGUAAUUUUCUGUAUAUUUGCAAUAUUUGGGUUAGAAAUAAAACAGACUGAACUUUGUUACCAGA